UACACUUCAGGAGUCGGUGAACAUGGCAACCCUGCAGACGUACCUGGAGAAGCUUGAGCGGAAGCUGGCGGACCUGCAGAGAAAGAAGCAGAGCCAGUAUGUGAGCAACAAGGUGAUGGCAGACCUGGAAAGCAAGAUGCAGUGUGCCCUGGACCACAGAGAUGAGCUAGCCGCAGGGAACCUGACACUGGAGCUCAGACACAGGAAGAUGGUAUUUCUGUAUGAAGCCUUUAGUUCCUGGGAGAAGUCUGAAAGAGCCGUGCCCCUGUCGGAGUUCCUCCCGUCAAUCCUCGAAAAAAUUUCACAUUUCAAAGUACGUGACGCUGACUGCCAUGAUGUCAUCACCAGAGCUUCAGAGGAGGACGACCCCUCUGAAGACGAGGAAUCCAAACUUUUGUCAGACUACGUGGAAAGGUUCACGCAGCUGUUCGAAGGCGCGGAGUACCAGGCCGCCGCCCUCCACGCCGCGCGCUCCCCUCGCGGAAUCCUCCGGAACAUGGAGACCAUGGAUAGGUUCAAAGCUGUCGGGCGGUACGAGGGGGCGCUGCCCCCGGCCCUGCUCUACUUCCAGGCCCUGAUGAUGGCAGUGCCAGCGGGGCAGCGGCUGCCCGGCGAGGGCCUGGCGGUGGAGGGGGUCAGGUCAGCCCUGCAGAACGGCUGUCUGGAGCAGGCGGUGCACUGGGUGACCCAGCACAGGUUGACAUUCUCGGAGGCGCUGGGGGAUGUCCUCAGCGCACACGCUCAGGAGGACGCGGUGGCGGCUGACUCCUGUUUGGCGCUGGCCCAGGUGGUGUACGGCGCCUGUGAGCUCCACAGCAAGGCCGCCGUGUGCAUGAGCAGGAGGGGCUUCAUACACAGAGCGGUGGAGUUCAUCUACAGCAACAAGGCCUUCACUAAGGAUGACUGCCUGUAUGUGGUGAGGAGCUGCCCCAGCGUAGCUCUCCUCCAGGCUCUGACUCAGGAGCUCCAGGGCCGCCCUGCAGUUCUGUCCCUGGGCUGGGCUGCCCGCUCCCUCAUGGACACCCAGAGUGAGGAGCUGGUCUACCAGCUGCUGGAGAGCAUGCAGGCCUGUGGUGCCCUGGAGCAGGCGGUCCGGGGCGACCACGCCUACCCGGCGGAGGGGUGGAGUCAGAUCGCGGGCCGCUGCGGAGAGACGGGCCGGCCCCAGCUGGCCCAGGCCGUCAGCUCCGCCCUGGCGUCUCUGCGGGGGGCUACGCGGCUCCCCCCGGGCAUCGAGCGCACCAGGCCCACGGGGCGCGGCUUCAGGCAGGACGCGGGUCUGUGAGCUCGGCCCUGGAGGGCCGCUGGAUCUCCUGGGCUUCAUUUUCAGCUUAAAAUCAGCAGCCAGCUCACACCCGAGGGCCAGGGCUGGUGAGUUAAUCGCCAGCGUUCACGAUCAGUAAAGUACUGAGCAGCAGCAGACUGCAGCAGACACUGCGGCUCUUCAGGACCAGGGCUGCAGACCCACUGAUGUAGGGCAGCAACACGGCCACCAGAGGGAGCCCUGGAGUUAGAACUCCCCCCUGGCUGAGGCAGUAAGGGAAGGGUCACAUGACACCUCAGCCCUCACAGGGUGCAUGGAGUCCAUAUGUCAUUACUGCCUCCAAAAAAAACCAGACACCCCAAGACUAGAAAAUCCUGCUCACAGGUCCCUGUGACUUAAAAUGAAUCUUUUUGUCCUUUUGGUUGCAAGUCUGGUGUUCAUACUGCACCUUGAGGAAUGCGCAUUUCCUCUUAAGUGUGCAAUGAAAGUCAAACAAAGCUGUGUCUUCUUUUAUGCAUCUUUAGCACUGGUGUCCUUUCACCUGGUUUCCUGUUUCUCUCCAGGUGAGCAAGCCAGUGGCAUCGUAUUCAGAUGUUACCUCACCGCUUAUCAGAAUGGUUCAUAUGUUGCUUUUCGUAACUGGCAGAACUGUAAGCCCUGUGCAUUAUUACAUAACAUUCACCACUGCAGACCUCUGUGUUCAGCACUGCACCCUAUUGGCUGUAUAUCCAAAUAAAUUUGCUUCAAAUUCAA